CAAGUACGGCAAGCUGGUUACAGCAAUUAUACUGUUCUAUGAGUACGACAUAUCAGUAUGAAGAAAUUUCGAGGAGACACGUAUAAAUGUAGAAAGUUUGAUGACAUACUUGGCGAAUAUCUUUGUGAAUUUGGAACCUAUCAGAAACGCUGUUACUAUCUACUUUGCCUCAUGGCCAUCUUACCAGCGAGCCAUGCAUUCGCGCAAGUGUUCUUGGCCGCUGAGACUGAACAUUGGUGCUAUGUCCCAGAGUUGGAUGAAAAUGAAUGCAGUUUGAAAAACUCGGUAAUGUUUUGCCAAGACAUGAUGAAGAACCACAGUAUACCAUUAGAAGAGAGCUCUAAUCAGUGUGGUAGUGGUUUGGUUUACAGUAAUUGUGAACGCUAUGACAACAAGACAUACACCAAUGAUACUAUAAAAUGUAAUCAUGGAUGGAUAUAUGACCGAUCACAGUACAAAUCAACGGUUUUUCAGGAGUUUAAUUUAGUGUGUAAUCGCUAUUACUUGGGAGCACUAUCAUCUUCUGCACAUAUGGCUGGCUUGUUCAUUGGAGCAGUAGGAUUCGGGGCUCUUUCUGAUAGGAUUGGGCGUUUACCAACUUUGAUGUUAUCUGCAUUGUGCAUGGCGAUUCCAGGAACAGCCUGUGCCUUCUCACCAAAUAUCCAAGCCUACUCCAUAUUCAGAGUAUUUGUAGGUGCCUCACAGAUGGGAAUGUUCAUGGUGUCCUUCGUUUUAGCAACCGAACUUGUUGGACCCUCAAAACGAGUGUUCGCCGGAGCUGUGAUAGAAUUUUACUUUAGUUUUGGAUAUAUGCUUUUAGCUUUUUUGGCAUACUUCAUCAGAUACUGGUGGAUAUUGCAGUUGUGCUUGUCAAUACCGGCCACGAUUUUCUUAUUGUACUGGUGGAUAAUUCCGGAAUCACCAAGAUGGCUGAUUGCAGUGGAAAAAUACGAAAAGGCAGCGGCAAUCAUCAGAAAAUGGGCUGAAGUAAAUAAAGUUACUGUACCUAACAGCGUGUAUGAAGAGUUAUCGGAAUAUAAUGGAUAUUUAAAGAGCAAAGCUGCUUGCAGUUCCCUUGACAUUAUUCGACUGCCGAACAUGCGAAAGAAAUCUCUGAAUCUCUUCUACAACUGGUUUACUAUCAGCUUAGUGUACUAUGGGCUUUCACUUAAUACGUCCAAUCUUGGUGGCAAUGACUACUUGAAUGCUUUCAUGUCAGGAGCAGUGGAAAUACCAGCUUAUACGCUAUCAAUCUUUCUUCCUGAAACUCGCUUUGGACGUCGAUGGUCUCAGUCGUCAACAUUGAUAUUAGCGGGAGUCGCAUGUAUACUUACGUUAUUUGCACCGGUUUGUGAAAUGCAAUGGAUUGGUAUCACCUUGGCGAUGAUUGGUAAAUUUGCUGUUUCUGCCGCAUUUGCCAUUGUCUAUAUAUUCUCUGCUGAAAUCUAUCCGACUCCUGUAAGAACCAUAGGAAUGGGGCUUUCCUCAAUGUGUGCCCGUAUUGGAGGCAUUAUAGCACCACAGAUGAUAUUAAUCAAAACACUAUGGGAACCAUUACCAAUUAUUAUAUUCGGUGCAACAUCAAUUUUAGCUGGACUAGUAACAUUAUUGUUACCAGAAACACGUCAUCAGAAACUACCUGAAACGCUAGAAGAAGGUGAAAUGUUUGGAAAGUGA